CUCACUCGGGGCUGCCAUCUCUCUCCUCGCCGCCCAUUUGGAGCGAGACAAGAUGGAGUGCUCUCUCAGACAGGAGGGGCGAGUGUUCUGGUGCGGCCAGGUGACCGCACGUGAUCGUUGCAGUGCAUUUCUGGUGGCUGUUUCCGCUCUCGGUUCAAUGCACCUCCACCAAAGAUCGAUUUCGAUCAAAACAAUCUGGAACGAAUGGUGGGUCUCACAAACGCCGCCCGGCUUGAACCCUAGAACGUUCCCAAUAAUUAGGGUUCAAGAUUCCGCCCUUUCAAGGGUUCUCACCGCUGUAAGAAAAGGAAGUGUAAGAAAUGCCUUAGAUGCUUCCGAGUCAUUGCUCCCGUGAAAGGAGUUUGCUGUAGCCUGGAUCAAAGAAGAUAAGCGCAGAAGAUUCAUUAUGUUUCUGUGAGUUCAGCAGGAAACACGAUUGAUGCUUUUGUUAUUGAUGUGUAUGGACAUUAACCGUAUCCUGGCAUGACAACCGCAGUUUGCUUUUCACAAGCUCCUGUCAUUAAGGAUGGAAGAAGUCAAGAAGAGCCUGUGAAAUUUUCUUGGUCUGUACUCUUCUUUUUUUAUCCAGAUUAAGUGAGUUCUGUUUACUCUUUUUUGGUUGAAUUUAUUCUCGCUUGAUGAUCCAGCACCUCCGAGUGCAUUUUAUUAGUCAUUUCUUCCAUCAGAAUUAUACUUGAAAUCUGCAAGUGCUUCUUGGAUGGAUUGGGUUGCGAAGACUCCAUUCCAGUGGGAUUGGGAAACUCUGGAAUUAUUCAGUGAAAAAGAAAAAGAAAUAUGUAAAUCUGCACAAGAACCUCUGUUGAAGAGUCAAGGCAGCAUGGGUAUCUGCAAUGGAUCUGUGUGUUCAUCUCAUGGUGAAGCAUCAUCUGCUCUAGAAUUGGGCAAUAGUUCAUCCAAAAUCUUUGUCUCGUCAUCGGUUGACUCUUCACCUAAGACAGAACAGAGAAAUUUGGAGUUUAACUUUAAUUCAGCUGAAGCGACCCCUCAUAGCUCGAAUAAGAUUAUCUUUGCAAGGGUUGGGGGUUCUGGAACUUCACCUGUUCCUUUGGCUGCAGGCCGCCCUAAGGAACCACUUACUCGUUUGAAGCUUGGGCACACCUAUUUUGAAGAAGGUGGUGCAAAGAAUAAUGUCAAAAGCUCAUCUUCCUUGCCUCCUUUGGCCUCAUCCGCUGUUGUAGCUAAGAAACCUAGGGUGUCUCAGCAGAGCUCACAAAGCCCCUACUGCCAGGUUGAGGGUUGUAACAUUGACCUUACCAUAGCUAAAGAUUAUCAUCGCAAACAUAGAAUCUGUGAAAGCCAUUCAAAGUCUCCCAAGGUAAUUGUAGCUGGUCAGGAGCGCCGGUUUUGUCAACAGUGUAGCAGGUUCCAUCAUUUGUCUGAGUUUGAUCAAACAAAGAGAAGUUGCCGUAGGCGUCUAUCUGAUCAUAAUGCACGCCGAAGGAAGCCACAGCCAGCAACGAUCUCAUUCAAUUCUUCAAGGAUUUCCUCAUCAUUUUAUGAUGAUAGACAUCAGAUGAAUCUUGAUUUUGGUCCAACUCCUCUGGGUCACAUGACAACCACCGUAAGUUUCCCAUGGGAUGGCCCAAGCAACUUCAAGCUUGUUCAACCCAAUUCUUGGACAAAGUCAAAUAAAGUAGCAGGCAUUAAUGGGCAGCUGCAGUUUUCUAAAUCUUGUCAAACACACAAUAUUUCCACCCUUCGCCAUGUCAACAUGGACGGGCUGUUGCCUACCAAGGGCACCACUGUCGAUGUCUUAAAUGAAGCUCUGGAAUCAUCUGCUUUUGCUUCCAACUUGGAUGGAGCACCGGGUCUUGGUUGUGCUCUCUCUCUUCUGUCAAAUGAUCCAUGCGGUUCAGCCAACCCAGGACCAACUUCUCAUAUCAAGCUUGCUAAAGCAAAGAAUGCAGUUGCUAUCCGUCCUGCUGCAAGUCCGAUUGAUUUAGCAACAAGGUUUUUGCAGGAUGAUCAGUCACCAUCACAGUCCAUGAUGCUGCCGUUCAACCCGCAAAACGGUAAUGGUGGUCAGUUCCAGGAGUUUCAGCUGCACAAAGCAUCAUACCAAGCCUCCUUCUUCGACUCCACUCGGAUACACUGAGACCCUCGACCAGAUCACUAUUACAUUGUUCUGAAUCCAAGGUGAUGUUCUUGCUAUCGACACUGGAUUGAUCAGCUCCAGAUGCUUGGCAACGUUUACUUGUAUGCCUUUCUGUGGCAUCCACUCCGAUACCAUCAGCCCCGACUCUUAAGGCUUUCUUCCUUUCCCUUGUUCCGGUGAAAGAUGGAAGCGCGUCGAUAAGUGAUCCUGUCAUCGAAGAAGUUUACUUCCUUGAUGAGCUUCAAUGAGGUUCCCUUCGAUCUAUUUAUAGUUAGAGUAUCUGUCUAUGCCAAACAGCACUAAAUUUCCCAGCUGAGAACAUUUGCUGCUUCUAUUACUGCUUUGUUCUUUAUGAAUGACUAUGGAAACCUUUGGUCAAUAAGAUCAUGAACUAUCGAAGCCCUCCUGCA